AUGAAAAUUUCAAGUCCUGAAAUGAAAGCAUAUAAAAAUGCUUUGAUUAAAAAAUCUGAACAGUUGAUCACUCACGAAUUUUCAAAAAGGAUUGGAAAUAUUGACGAUUUGUUAGUUAAACGUCAACUUUUACAUCAAAAUAUCAAUCAGAAGACUGGCAAUGAUGUUGACGAGCAUUUCAAAAGUAAUUCACAUGUUUUAGAUACUUUUGAACUUAUAAAACCAGCGAUUCAAGAUCUCAUGAAUGAUGCAAAUUUAUUGAAAAUGUGGAUAAAUUUUCUGUUUCCUCCGAAUGAAAAAGGAUUAAAUUUGAGUGUGCAUAAAGAUGUCUUGGAAGAAAUAAUGUCAAUUGAAGCAGAUGCUUAUGCAAUGAAUGAUCGAUUCAAAAAUUAUUUCAGAACAAGAGCUAUAGCUGUGAAGAAAGUUGCAGCAUUUCCAGAUGUUGAUGACUUUAAACAUCAUCUCAAAGAACUUGACGGGAAGGAAUGCAUUGCGAUAUGGCAUAUUUUAAAUCAAACAAAAAAUCAUUAUUAUGUGAUGCAUGACAUUAUUGAGAAAAAUAUUAAAAUGUUGAAGAAGCCACAUAGAAGUUCAUUUGUCAAACGUUGGUUCAGUUAA